GAUCAUCAUUGCAGUAGUUGGCCUGUCAAACAGUGACCACAUGAAUCACUUGCGCAUCAUCGCGGGGAAGAGCGCUGCCCAUGACGUACGACAGAUGGGACGCCUCACAUUUUUCGUGUGUCAAUGAAUGGCAUGUGGGAUGGCUGGCUGGACACAUUCAUGCACGGAAAUGAGAGUCACGAAGAUAAAUAAGAGCCUGCACGAAUCUACCCACUGAACAGCCUCUCAUACAUCGGCCGUGGCACCAGCACCCGGCCCUUCAGCAGUGCCCUCGUGUGUGGGGGCAGCUCGGCCGCCAGCAGGCUGUCGAUGGUGCAGAAGUUGGUCACGGCCUCUCGUACAUUCUCGUAGUUGACCAUUCGCCGCCCUUGGGCGUCAAACAGGCUGUCAAAAGACCGGUCCACGAUGGCCGACGGCUCGAUACGCUGUACGAUGGCGGCAGCCGCAUGGUGCAGCAGAGACGCCGCAUCGCUGUAGUCGUUGCCGAAGUCGACUGUUGGGGGCGUCUUGGAGUCACCGAAACGGUUGGUGACCGCCUUGAGCAUUGGCCGCCACUCGAUCGGCGGCAAAUCGUCUCGACCACCGUGUGGGAAGCUCGCCAACUCCUGAUUGAAGGAACCAUCCAUGGAGAGAUGGACAAAUGCAAGGCGUGUUGUGUUGGUGGCGUGAGCGGCUUGCUUGCCUGCACCAAUCUGCGCCAUGCGUUGGGCACGUGUGUGCGGAGGAGAGUGACGACCGACUGGUUGAAGGCCGCGGUGGCGCUGGGGUGGUCGGCCGUGAUGGACGGGGGGCAGGUGCCACACCGAUGCAUGUCGACCAAGUGGCGCUCCCAACUGCACCAUCGAAUGGAUCAAGGGGAGGGACAGGCACUCACUCAUGUGUGCCUGGCGUGGUUAAUCAUAUACGCAGUCAGUUACCAUUUCAGGAGGAGAGCUGUGCCCUCAGUUUCCACCCUCUCAUACACCAAUGGGGCUGCACACACACACACACACACAGAGAGAGAGAGAGAGAUCCACGUUCGUCCUUUUGUGUGCGUGUGUGUGUGUGUGGUUUUCAUCCCACGCACCUUUGUCAGGUUUUGCGGCCAUGCGUUUGACGAGGUCCUGGUAGGCCCUCAACACCUCCUGCUGCGACAGACGGAUCUCAUCCCUGAUUGAUGACACAUCGUACAGACAUCCAUGACACAUAUAGAGGGGGAGUGAGUGAGGGAGGGAGGGAGGGAGGCCUGUGUCACACACACACCUCCAUUCCCGAUCUACAAGCGGGUCUCGCCAGACCACCCCCACACAGCGGGCACCCACACUGACGUCAGCACACCCCAACGACUCCUGCAUAUUCAACACAACACACACAGGGACAUCACACUCAUCCAUCCAUCGCCCCACCCCUCCCCAUUGUCACUCAUUCCUUUACUUACCAGUGCUGUUUUGAUGUGCUGUGCGAUCUGAGCGCUCAGCUGGUUGGUGAAUGCCAGGUCAGGAUCCCCAUGCUCCAUCCACACACGCCCGUACUCGGCCUUGCUCUCGUCGUCCUCCUCGCCCCCAGCGGACAUAUCAGCACUCUCCACCACAUAGAGCACCUCCACAGGCACGCCCCUCUCACCCACGGGCAGGCCAUCCAGGAAGGCCUUCAGCCGCUCUGCCUCUUCCCUCAAGGCGUCCAUGGCCAGUGCCGACAGCUCAGCCGACAUGUCGUCAUAGCCCUGCUCCUGCUGCCUCUCGACGGGAAUGGCCAGGCCUCUGAGUGUCAUCUCUGUCACCGACUCGCCAAUAGCGGAGAAGUAGGGCACCACCACACGAGGGAUGAGCCACAUGAGUGCGCUGAGACCGCCCAGCGCGUCGGCGAGCGGCAUGUGUGGGGUGGCCAUGAAGUCCCUCACAAUGGACCGCCCAGCCCCAUGGCCGUUCUCUCCCUCUGUGUCACCAGGCACCUCCAGCGGCUGCCCUUCCAGGUGGUGCAUGCCCCCCUGAUGCACAGUCGCCACACUCAGCGCCACACACGCCAUCGACGAACCACCAGCAGCAGCGGCAGAAGCAGCCGACUGCGGCAGAUCGAAGCCGACGGUCGACAGGCGCACCUCUGGUGGGCUGGCAGUCGUCGCACAGCGAUAGAUGGCGCAGCUGCGGGCAUCGUUCGCCUCAUCGGCAGUGGUCCGCCUGGCGAGGGGGCUGCACAGCCACUGCUCGAUGGUGGGCCGUACGGUGCGCUUGAGCUCUGUGCGGAAGGCGUGGGCGCUGCGGUCGGUGUUGGGGGCGAGGGGUGUGGGGGCGAUGGCGAGGCCGAGCUUGACAAAGAGGGCGAACGCUCCGCCAUCUCGAUCAAGGUGGAACUGCUCGCGGAUGUAGCCAAUCAAGACGCGCCUCUAAGAGAUGAGACAGAGAGAGCGUGUGUGUGUGUGUGUGCACAAAGUCCGUCUUGCGUCGCGUACGUCAACAGCUGGCCUCCGGUUGAGCAUGGUGUUCAUCUCGCGGCGCAAACGCUUGCUGCGGUCGGCCGUCGGCUCGAGCGACACACGCAUCCCCACCACCGACACACUGUCAUCGAGGCUCUCCCACUCGUCGCGAAUGUGCUGCUCAGACGGCAGCUGCAUGUGUGGGGGCGGGGGCGGGGCUGACGGGACUGGGAGAGGGGGCAGCGGGUGCUGGAGGGGGGGUAGGGGAGGGGGCGGCUCAUGAGCCUCGAUGGGUGUCUGGACCUUCUUCCACACAUAUCGGCGCGGGUUGACGCCGAAGAGCCGCCCUUCGCCCCACAGGUGGGCCUCCUCGCUGAUCUCCAGCACCAUCGGCUCCCUUGCACCCUCACUCUCACCCACAGCACCACCACCAGCACCACUAGGCACCUCUCCCCCUUCCCCUCUCUCUGUUGCCAGAGGAGGCCUCUGCUGCUCGACCGUGGCUGCUGCUGCCGCCGCUGCCGCUUUGGUGCGUUUGGCUGUGCCCCAGAAGCCCAGUCCAUGGCCGGAGUGCAAGCGCUUCCUGAUGUCCUUUCUGACGAUUUUGGGCUCACGGAUGGGCGGUGAGGGAGUGGGGGGCCGCCUGCGUGACGCAGCUGAGGGGGUGGGUGGUGUGAGGGGGAGAAGGGCCGACGGGGGCAUCGAGGCAGCCAACUCGUCCUCACCCUGACAUGCAUGGCACACAGACAGACAGACGGGGGGGAGAGUGAAUGGGUGGAUGGAUGGAUGGAUGUGUUGUGCUUUGUUGUCUUGUGUACCGUCACUUUUGGUGAUGGCGCCCGUCUCUGCUCGACAGCGGCUGCAUAGCGAUCGGGCGUCCCCAUUUUCCCCCCUGUCUCGGCCACGGCGGCAGGCACGUGUCUGCCCCUCUUGCCGCCGUCGUCACUCUCCACCGCCACAUCAUCGCCGUCGCGGGCCCUCUUGCCCUUCAACACACGCUCCUGCUGCUGCAGCUGCUGCUCAUCAGAUCUUUUCUGUGGUGAUGGUGCUGGUGGUGGUGCCUGUGGAGGCAUGAGGGCCGGGAAGGGCGCUGGGAACAAAGGGGGCCGGGCAGCCGCAUCCGGGCGUGGCACGCUGCGGACCUCGCCCAUAUCCUCGACCUCCUCCUGCGGAGAUGUUUCAGGUGAGAUGGGCGAGUAGGGGGGCAGGGGCGACGCCUCGGCAGCUGCUGCUCCUGGCGACGUGGGUAUGGCCGGGGGAGGUGUGGGUGGUGUGAAUGGUGGUGCGAUGGGGGGCAGCAAAGGAGACGGCGGCAGCUCGUCGGCUGACGGGGGCGUCACGGGGGCGAAGGACGAUGACAGCACCCAGGGAGCGUCGGGCGGAGGAUCCAACAGCUGACACACACACACACACACACAGACAUCCCACCCCAUCUCUCGUGUGUGAGGUGAUGCGAUGCAUACCUCCUUGCGCGUGAGGCCCAUCUGCCUGAGUCGUGUGGCCAGGAUGGGCGAGGGGGAGCGGGGCAGCCGGAUGUUGUAGGCAGACUGAUGAAUGAAUGAAUGAAUGAAUGAGACCAGAGCGGAGCCAAUAUUACAACGAAGACGCAUUGGCGUCUCGUGUCGUCUGUCUGAUAUCGUCUGCCUACGUACGUAUCUCUGCUGCAGGUGCUUGAUGCGUGUGGCAAUGUCCUCCAAAUCGACCACAGACGGGUCACCACUGCCCACAUACACACACACACACACACACGUCGCCCUAUGCUGCCCGUUCCUCCCUCCCUCCCUCCCUCCCUCCCUCAUCAUUCAGUGCUUUUUGCCUACGGUUUUUCCGUGCGGACUUGUUGCCUGAUUUGGUGCAGCGGCAUGAUGGGGCUGCUGCGCUGCUCCUCGUGCUCGGCGCAGUAGGUCAAGAAGGGCUCCAUCCCCACUCGCAGACGCUCCAGCCAACGACGGGCCUCGCGCGUCGAACAGAAACCUGAUGGAUGGAUGGAUGGAUGGGAGCAACGAGCCAAGGGGGAGGGGGCAAGGGGGAGGGCUGUGUGUGUGGUAUGUGUGUUGUGUGUUUACCGAGCAUGUGUGUGAAGUCUUGGAUGGGCACUGUGUAGAGCUUCUGGCCCUUCGUCUGCACACACACACAUACAGAUAUAGAUAGACGUGUGUGUCCGCGUGUGUGAGGUGGCAAGCGUACGCUUCGUCUAACGGCCGUAGCCGUUCUGAGCAGCUGCCGCAGCCUCAAUGCAUUGAGGCUCAUGUCCAUCAGACACGCCGUCAGGAAAUCAGCCUGCAUGCGUGUGUCAACACACACAGACACCCAAUGUGUUGGCCCCGGCCCAUCCAUCUCAUCCAUCUCAUGUGUGUGCGUGCCUGCCUUUUUCAUGAGUUUGAUGAACUUGAGUAGGUCGUUGGCGAAAUAGACCCGCAGCACAGCCAUGGCGAACUUCACCUUCGGGUGCGAGGAGAGGUCGCGUGGCACCUUUCUCAGGAUCCCGUUUGCCUCUGCAGACGUGGGCGCACAUUAGUGAAAGGCCUUCGUUGUGCGUAUGCUGCAUGUCGGACCGAGGAACUCGUUGAGUUUUCGUUUUCUGCUGCCCUGCAGGCUGGCCAGGAGGAUGUACGAGUGGAUUUCCGCCUCGUGGGGCGACUUGUACACUGAACGCAUAGAAUCACACUUGGUAGGUGCUGACACACACAUACAUGUGUAUACCGCUGAUGCUGUUGACGUGUUCCCAUUGGUCGGGGUGUUUGGCCACGGCCUCCAGCUGCCAUCGCACCGAUGAGUACGCCUGGUUCAGUCUGUGCACACGACAUAUCACACAACAUGCUCAUCUGUCUGUCUGUCUGUCUGUAUGGCCAGUGGGGUGGGAGCGCUGAGGUUGUGUGCCGUGCCUGUCUUUGCAGUUGUCCAUCAGUCCCACAUUGCCGUCGGGGGUGAAGCCAGACGCCUCGCUCUCACCGCACAGCUGACACACACACAUAAGCAUCGGUCGCGCUGUGUGUCUUGUUGUCGGCCGCCACACACCCACCAGCUGGUCGGCGAAUAUGAAGAAGCGAAAUGCGAUCUCACAGGUCUCGAUGUUGCUCUGCCCGCACAAGUGGAUGGCAUUUCAUGUGUGUGCUUCAACGUCUGACGCGCCCACUCUGUGUUUGUGUGCGUCCUGGACUUGCAGGUCCUGCAUGAGCGAUCGCAGCCGGUCCCGAAUGAAGUUGUACAAGCUGGUCAACCUACACAACAUCACACAUAUACACACACAUUGGUUUGUGGAUGGAUGGAGUGACGUGGGCUGUUGGCCCCUCUCUCUCUCUCUCUCUCUCUCACUCGAAGCAUUUGCGGCCGAAGGUGUCGUCAGGGUAGUUGUCCAGAUCGAUCACCUGACAUAGACACCACACAACGGUCAGACCAGGAGACGCCCCAUGUGUGUACUGAUGCACACAUACCUGCGUCAUGAGGUAGUCGACCGUCUUGCGGCACCAGGCCACAGUCGAUAUCUCCGUGCCGGCAAACUCGCGACCCGCAUACGACCUGCACACACGGCCGUGCACACACAUUUAUCACGCUACCCAUGACCGCUGCCUGCCUGUGUGGGAGAGCGCCUGACUGACCUGGAGAAGGGCUUGAUGGCAUGCCUCAAGUUAGGUCUGAAUUUGUUGCCGUCCUUGAUGACCGAUCGCGUAUUGGCGUCCCACUCGGCCUCCAACUCGUGCAGCGUCUGAGACGUCGAACGCUCACGCGCAUUCGUCUCGCUGACACACACACAUCCACACCACACACACAGAGUGAGAGUGGUUGUGUUGAUUGCUGCUGCCUAGGCUAGGCGUGUUGUGUCUGUCUGCUUACGAGCACAUGGCCGUCAGUUCGCCGAUCGUCCGCUCGCGUGUGAAACCGUUGCGGACAGACGUCGAGAAACUCCGCAGCAACGCCUCCUGAUACACACCCAAAGCAACGUACACACCGCCACCUAAAGAGCCACAACACGGGUGCCUGCCUCACCUUAGGUCUGGGUAGUUCUGCCUCGAGAGCGAUGUUGCCCAUGGUUUGCAGCUCAGCCAUGCUCAUGAGAGGGUUCGUCUGCGAAUGGUGCGGCCGGCCGCUCGACAAAGGCGUCUGAUGGAAACCAUCACCACACACACCACACAGAUAUCGCUCGGCUCUCUUCCUCUGGCGCCCUCUCUCUGGCGAAUGCAUCACCUUGAACAGGGCUAGUGAGGGUGAUGGCGAUACGUUGACGACAAUGGCGGGUGGCGAGGGCGGCUGGAAGGGUGUGCCGGCCGGCCGCUCAUCCGCCGCUGACACCGACUGGGUCGAACCAGCCACUAUCUCAUCAAGCGACGGCAUCGAACGAAGAUUCGCACCUGAUCAAUGACACAUGAUACAUACACACACACAGAGAGAGAGCAUGACCACCACCACCACACGCACCAAUGGCGGCAUCCCGCGGCCUCCCAUUUCUCUCACGUCUGGCCUGCGCGGGUCUUUCCGUCUCCCUCUGCCAUCCCUGCGCCUGCUGUCCAUCAUCUAUACUACCGAAAGAACUCACAGCUCCUUCUGAGCCACUACCACCACCACCAGCCGCAGAGGCAAAGGGGUUCAUCGGGGCACCGCCGCCAUCGCCUUCAUCCAUGCCUCGCGCGGCCUGGCUGGAGGAUAGCAGGGCGGCCACCCCGGCCAUCCUCUGCCGUCUGACGGCUGCGUGGCUCUUGGCAAAGGGCGCCACGCGACGGGAUGGCGGAUUGCUGCCUCUCCUGCGGAGAGAAACGCCGCCCGAACGGUCUAAAGGGAAACAUGACGCAACAGUGACAUCGUUUUCUGUAUCCCUGUAAGUUCUCCAUAUUACCUCUCUGCUGUGCGCUGGUGUUGCGCGUGAGCGACACGUUCUGGCUGCGCUGGAAGAAUUGGAAACUCAUUCCGUCGUCACGCAACGGAUGGCAUCACUCAUUCAUCCUAUCUAAGCAGGUACGGGACGCGCAGACGGGACGGAGUAAUU